UUAAUCUGCUCCAUAUCAGAAACCUUUAUUAAGAAAUACACCCUCACAUAACCUGUGUCAGCAUAAUGUCAGUAAACCAGUAACAUUUUAGGCAGUGGUGGAUAAAAUAUUAGGAUAUUUUAUAUUUCAAUCUUGUUUACUUCCUCAUAUUGUUUAGGCUCUCACAAACCCCAAUGAUGUAUGUGUAAAAAUAACAAUUGCAAAAUCAAACUUCAAAUAUUCAUUUUUGUUUCUUCUGACUUCUCAUUAAAAUGCAAUAUGUAGAAACAUAUUGGAGUGUUAACUAUGGUGCUAAAUAUAGGUUUAUAAUUUAUCACAACACUGUAGUUUAUUUAUAUUUCCACCUCUGAAGAGCAUCCUUAUAAAACAAUGUUCUUCUCUGUACAUCUCUGCAGAGAGGCUGUCUGCAGUGAGGCUGUCUGCAGAGAGGCUGUCUGCAGAGAGGCUGUCUGCAGUGAGCAGUGAGGCUGUCUGCAGAGAGGCUGUCUGCAGUGAGGCUGUCUGCAGUGAGGCUGUCUGCAGUGAGCAGUGAGGCUGUCUGCAGUGAGGCUGUCUGCAGUGAGGCUGUCUGCAGUGAGCAGUGAGGCUGUCUGCAGUGAGCAGUGAGGCUGUCUGCAGAGAGGCUGUCUGCAGUGAGGCUGUCUGCAGUGAGCAGUGAGGCUGGCUGUUGGCUGUAGUGAGGCUGGCUGAGACCAGUGUGCUUUUAUUCGGUCCAGACUCGAACUAAAGCCGAUUAUGAGCAGGGCCCGGAGGCGGGGCAGCCGGAGCUGAACCUGCAAUCUGAUUGGUCGCCUGCGUGUCAGGAAGUGUCAAGCAACCAAUUGAAGGGCUCGAAGGUUUAUCCAGCGGCCGACCUCAACUACCUGUCAACACUAUAUACUUCUUCUACUGUAUAAAGCUAAUGACCUUACUGACGGCUUCUCCCGCACUAAGCAGCUGUUGAACCUGUUUAACUCAACUGCUUCUGAAUAUGACGGAACUCUAAUCAUCUCUGGACAAAGUGUCAGCGGUGUUUGGGAGUGGAGUGUGUCCCUGUCCUAGUCCGCUCUAGCCGGACUGUGAAUGCCGUUAGUGUCCCCGGUAGCAGCAGGAUGAUGAUGAUGAUGGAGAGGCUGCUGCUGCUACUGAGAUGCCACAGAGAGCCGCUCCUCCUCCUCUCGGUCCUCCUGUCGGUCUGCCGCUCACUGCUCAUCAUGGCAGGUUUGCUCCUGGUCCUGUCCGUGUCCAUGUAUCCUGGGUUGUGGUCCAUUGGGGUCCAGCUUCAUUCAGCCUUCACAGGGAGCUAUGUACCAGGCCACCACUCUGUUCUCCUCAUCAACAGUCCCAACCAACAGGCAGCCAAGGACAUCGGCAGGGCGAUCAUGGAGAGGCGGCUUGCAGCCAGCAUCAACAUUCUCUCCAGGACCUCCACCAUGUACUAUUGGAAAGGAGAAAUCCAGGAUGCAAGUGAAGUUCUGAUGCUGGUGAAAACAAAGACGUCCAGGAUCCAGCACGUCAUAGAUUAUGUCUGUCCACCCCUAUGCGAACCCAGAAGUCCUCAGCUUCCCGGUGGAGGACGGCAGUCUGGCGUACAUGAAGUGGAUGGAUGAAGCCAUUCCAGACGACUGAUACAUCAUUCAAAUCAAAGCCGGUCUCUGCAGAGCAACAAGGACACUGAGCAACGCGUACAGCCUGUUGUUUGAAGACUUUGGAUCGAAAAGGUUCAGAAAGCACUCAGUUGGACAAAAGUUCGAUAUGUGACAUUUAUACUAUUGUGUUGCUCUGACCUUUCCAUUGUAAAUUCCACUUUGUACUGUGGAGACUUGAUUUCAGUCCUCUAAAGAGCUUUUGUACCACAGUCAGAGAAAAUACCUCUGAUUGACUGGCAGGUGUUGGUUAACACUGCAUAUCAGGACGCCUCAAACACACAGUCCCAUAGACCCUACUGGUCAGUUUAGAGUAUAGUAUAUUCAUCUCUAGGUAACCACCAGAACAGUAGAUCUGCUUUGUGCUGUGAUGUGUUCAGUUAACUGUCUGUGGAUGACAGUUUGAACAGCCUGUGGAAAGUAACCAUGAUACAAGUGAGAUAUGACAGUCCAACACGUUCUCAUCCCAACUCGUCACGUACCGCAGCUUUGUCACACCCCUCGGCGUCACCACGGGAUUAGGCAACAAAACCACUGUAGUUAGGUUUAGGAAAGAACUACGUGGUUGAGCUUAAA